GAGGGGGGGGCGCUGUGCUAAGAUGGCGGCGCCGGGCGGGGGCGCGUGCCGCGGGGUCCUGGCUGCCGGGCUGUUCCGCAACCAGGUGGCCAUCGUGACCGGCGGCGGCACUGGCAUCGGCAAGGCCAUCAGCGCCGACCUGCUGGGCCUAGGUUGCAAUAUAGUUAUCGCCUCUCGUAAACUUGACAGAUUACAAGCUGCUGCAAAAGAGUUGGCUGCUAAAAUCUCUUCCUCAAAUCCAGUCAAAGUGACCCCCAUACAGUGCAACGUCCGCAGAGAAGAGGAGGUGGAAGCUUUGGUGAAAUCCACCCUGGAUCUGCAUGGCAGGAUCGAUUUCCUGGUGAAUAAUGGAGGGGGCCAGUUCCCCAGUCCUGCUGAAGCCAUCAGUUCAAAGGGCUGGAAUGCUGUCGUUGAAACGAAUCUGACUGGGACCUUCUACUGCUGCAAGGCAGUGUACAAUGCUUGGAUGCGGGAGCACGGAGGAGCCAUUGUCAACAUUGUAGCUGACAUGUGGAAGGGGUUUCCUGGCAUGUCACAUACUGGAGCAGCAAGAGCUGCAGUGGAUAACCUAACCAAGAGUUUAGCCAUAGAGUGGGCCCACAGUGGAGUGAGAAUCAACUCUGUAGCCCCUGGAGUAAUAUUUUCAGAAACCGCUGUUGCAAACUAUAAAGAACUUGGUGAAGAGAUGUUUAAAAACUACAUCCAAAAGAUUCCAGCCAAGAGACUGGGAAUUCCUGAGGAGGUCUCCCCUACAGUGUGUUUCCUGCUCUCUCCUGCUGCAUCCUUUAUAACUGGGGAAACUGUGAAAGUGGAUGCUGGUCAAAGCUUAUAUUCCUCCACUUGGGAAAUACCAGAUCAUAAUAGGUGGCCUUCAGCACCAGAAGGAGACAAUUCCAAGGCACUCAGAAAGAUGCUUUCUGGCAAGACUGCGUCAAAGCUGUGAAGAAAUGAGACUCCAUCCAAUCCCCAGUGGAAAUGCUGACAAUAUAACACCUUUGCUUUGUAAUUCCAAGUAAAUUUGGGUUUCCUGUUCUUGAUGCAAACACACUGGGGUGCCUUGAUCUUCAUAUAUUUGUAAGCUAGCCCAUAAAAUCCUUAUAUAGUGAAUAUUCUCCUCUGAAAACUCCCCCUGCCUCAGAAGGUUUGGGACCGAUCGAUUCGUUAUUACAUCAGGAUUCAACAGCUUCAACAUGAAAGAAACAAUGAGGAAUCCGCAGUAGAUGUGGUCAAAAUCUUGCUCUAAAUCUAGUGAAUAAAAAGCCAGGAGAGGCAGGCACUCUCCAUCUUAGGCAGGAUAUUAGCAUAGGCAAUAUCGAAGUGAUUGAAAGAGAAAUGUCCAUAGCUUGUAAUGAGUGGGAAAUGUCAGCUUGAAGCCCUUAUCCUGGAUGACUUUGGAAAGAAUGGAGUUUGAAUCUCUGGGGAAUUUUAGUUUCUGCACAGCAAUGCCCCUCUGCCAUGUACAUUGGACAAACUGGACAGUCUCUACGUAAAAGAAUAAAUGGACACAAAUCAGAUGUCAAGAAUUAUAACAUUCAUAAACCAGUCAAAGAACACUUCAAUCUCUCUGGUCACGCGAUUACAGACAUGAAAGUUGCGAUAUUACAACAGAAAAACUUCAAAACCAGACUCCAGCGAGAGACUGUUGAAUUGGAGUUCAUUUGCAAAUUGGAUAUAAUUAACUUAGGCUUGAAUAGAGACUGGGAGUGGCUAAGUCAUUAUGCAAGGUAACCUAUAUCCCCUUGUUGUCGUGUCCCCCCCCCCCCCCCCCCCCCCCCCGGACGUUCUUGUUAAACCCUGGAUUUGUGCUGGAAAUGGCCCACCUUGAUUAUCAUACACAUUGUAAGGAGAGUGAUCACUUUAGAUAAGCUAUUACCACCAGAAGAGUGGGGUGGGGGGAGAGAAAACCUUUUGUAGUGGUAAACACCCAUUUUUUCAUGGUUUGUGUGUAUAAAAAGAUCUUCUGUACUUUCCACAGUAUGCAUCCGAUGAAGUGAGCUGUAGCUCACGAAAGCUUAUGCUCAAAUAAAUUGGUUAGUCUCUAAGGUG